AUGCCUCCAGUACCCCUGAAAAAACUUGUUAUUUAUUUGACCUUAUUGCUUGUCUUGUCCACGAUCUACCUACUAAAUGGAUUUAGAACCACGAUUUCCUACAGCCCGCUGCCUUCUCAGCCUCAGAGACUAGUAGUGUUUCUUGACGGAAUACAACAAGCAAAUAGUUUACAAUCAAUAAUAUAUAAAUUCAACAAUGAUAUCCAUAAAGACUCACUGCAAAUUAUAGUUUCGGGUGGUCAACGUGGAUUAAGUAGAUCAGGGAUGAAUGCUUUAAUGGCUCGGGACGGCCUGAAUUGGCCUAAUAAUAUUAUUGAUUUGAAUAUUGGAGAAAUGAGUUGGUCAUCAUCUGAAAACAAAAUUAAUCCCGUCAUACAAGUGUUUAAAAGAUUCUCAAAGCUCCUUGAAAAAUUGAAGCCAGAAGUAGUUAUCUAUGUAAAAGAUCCUGCUGAUCCCGUUUCACGUGGGGUUACCUCUGUUUUAUCUAAUUUUGAAAAUAUCACUGGAAUCGGACUUCCAUUAGAUCAUAUUGAGCAUUUAGCCUGGUUACCUGAUCUUACAAUAGAUACUUUAAAACAUUGGAACACUCCUAAAUUUCAUUUACAAGUUAUUACCCAAGAUCGUCCUGAUUCUUUAUCUCGAUUAUUACGCUCACUUGAUUCAUCUUAUUAUCUUGGUGAUAGACUUCCGCUCACUAUAAAUAUGGACAGAGGUGCUGAUCCUGUUACUCUUGACUACUGUAACAAAUUUCAAUGGAAUCAUGGAGACCUUGCACUUCGACAUCGUGUUUUACAAGGAGGACUUUUACCCGCUGUAGUUGAAUCUUAUUACCCGCAUAAUAGUGAUCAUUACGCGGUUUUAUUGGAAGAUGAUAUCGAAGUUUCUCCAUUUUUUUAUGUUUGGCUUAAAUAUUCCGUCCUAAAAUAUCGCUAUGGUCCUGAUCGCGCUGCAAGCCAACGAAUGUUUGGUGUGAGUUUAUACAAUCCAAAUAGUAUAGAGCUUCACAUGUCUGGUCGAAGAGAUUUCGAUCCUUCAUUAGUUCUAGAACAAGGAAAUUUUCCAAAACGUUCUCCUUAUUUAAAUCAAGUCCCAUGUAGUUGGGGUGCUGUUUAUUUCCCGGAAAUUUGGCGUGAAUUUCACGAAUAUAUUAACGCACGAAUGGAUGAUGAGGUCACCAUAAAUAUACAGAAAAUAGCUGUUCCCGAAAGUAGAUCUAAUCGAUGGCGAAAAUCAUGGAAAAGAUAUUUUAUUGAACUUGCGUAUCUUCGCGGUUAUGUGAUGCUCUAUCCAAACUUCAGUAAUUUCACAAGCUUAUCAACAAAUCAUAUGGAAGCUGGAACACACAUUCAUUCGAACAACAAUAAACCUCUGCCAGUUCGUGUUUUCGAUCUUCCUUUGAUGUGGGAAAAUAUAAUUCUCAAGGAAUUACCUCAAGGCCGAUUGUCUGAAUUCGAAUCUUUACCGGUGACAGACUUUUGGGGUAACUUAGAGACGGCUAAAACUUUGAUUGACCGUGGUCAUGCUUUACAUAUGCAAGUUUCGGAUUGUCCCCCGCAAGUUCCUCUUCGGUACAGCGCAGAAGAUUUAUUAUGUGUGGAUGAAGAUGACAAAGCUGAAGCUUGGUUGGCGUAUAAAGAACAGCAAAAAGAACAGGAGAGAAAAUAUGCUAUUAUUUCUGCAUUGGCUGAUCGUUAUGCUUCCGAGGAAAGCAUGUCUGAAUUGCGACGUCUUGACAAAGAAAAACGGUAUUUUAGUUCUGCUUCUGAUCGUCCGAAUCCAUGA